CAUACUUCUUAUCAGUAUGAUAAGAUAACUGAGGCUAGCACGAACACACCUUGUAUUGCGUUCCAAACCGUUGGCUGUUUUAGUGCAAAAUUGUAUUAUUAUAAUUAGUGUAAAGGAGUGUCAGUAAUCCAAAAUGGCACAAAGGAAGUCCUUACUGUUUUACUUGGCGGCUAUCUUGGUAAUCAUCAGCACACUCACACAGGAGGCUGAAGCUCGAAGAAAGAUCUUGAGGGGAAGGCGUGUCAUGACACGGACUUAUUACCGUGGCAACGCGAUACCAGCUUGGGCGAUAAGCCUCAUCGCAGGCAUUGGAAUGCUUUUGAUUGGCGGCGUUCUGUACGUGGUUAUGAGAAAACUCGUCCUCUCCUCCGAAACGGGCACCUUGAAUACGUAUCAACCUGCGUUGCAGAAUGAAGACGUUUGAAGAGCAAAGUUUUAUACAAAACGUGAGAUGAACGUCUUUUGGAACUCUUCUUGGUCAAUUACGUUUUAACCCUUUUCCAGGCAUAGUGCACAUAGCGACCACAUACUCGCCAAUAGAAUUUCAACCUUAGGAAUCCCAUUUAAGGUUCAUAUUCGAUUGGUCUUUGGAAAGUUACUUAUCAUUAAAUGAAUCAUCAAAGCUCCAUAAAUUUUAAUAUAUUUGCAUUUUUUGGAAAAACCGUGUAGUUUGGUGCGGCCUGGAAAAGGGUUAAGCACUGCUAAGAAAAUAAAAUCCGAAAGACGUUUUAACAGGUCACGUUAUGUA